AUGAGCAACAAUAACUCUGUAAAGGUUGAUACCUCAAAAAGGAUUGAUUUGUUGGCUACUGCAAACCAAAGUGGUCAUCAGGCCUAUCAGCAACACCAACAACAACAGCUACAUCAGGGUCAAAAGAGAUCGGUCAGCUCAAAGCACUCAAACAGUAAAGAGGUCAUACACAUUGGUAGUUCAUUCAAUAGUGAUGUGUUCAAUGAUGUUGAUAAUGACUUCUUUAAACAACAUCAUCAACAACAACAACAACAACAACAACUAAAUCAAAGAUCAUCACCAACACAAACAACGCGUUCAUCAACAUCAACAUCAUCAUCGAAACAAAGCAGGCAGAGUAAUAGUAAUAAUGGAAAUGGUAAUCUGAAGCAACAACCUCAACAACAACCUCAACAACAAAAGUACACAGUGUUUGACCCAACUUCAUUUGGAGGACUCGAUGACACAAGUUCGAUUCAGAGCGACAAUGAAGAUGAAUAUGGAUUCUAUGAGAUCAAGGAUCUAGUUAUAAGUACCAAUGGAUGCUCUCAGUACUAUAUACCAUUCCUUCAAACAACAGAGAUGUGUAGUAAUGAAGCGAGGAAAUGGCUGGCCAAGCGAUGGUUCCUGCCAUCAGACAUGGAGGAGAUAGAAUGGACCAAACAGAAUAGAUACUAUUACCCAGUAUAUGUGUUCAAUUUGAGUGUAACAACAAAGUUCAGCGCAUACUUCACAGUUAAGGAUGAGUCUGGUGCCAAGGAUGCCAAGGACCAGCAAAUGUGUGUCCAAGAGACACUCUCCAGUGUCUUUGACGAGAUCAUUGUCUGCGCCUCAAGCUCCAUUGAUGUUCCCCUUGUAGAAAGCCUUAUAUUUAAGAACAGUUACUCACAUAGGUAUCCAUAUUACCUUCCAGACAAGAGCGAGUGGAAAGCAAUCACCACAGACAACAAGUUGUCAGAGAAGACGCUUAGUAUCGAUAUCUCAAAGAAUGAUAUAUGGGUGGAUAAAGUACUGGUAUACCUUGAACAGAAACAGAAGGAGAGAUGCCAACAGUAUAUCCAGAAGAAGCACAAUGUGACAAAGGUAACUCUGGACAUGGGCCAGGCCACGAUUGACAAGGAAUCCUAUUCGAUCGUUUAUCUGCCAGUGUCAGCAGACACCUUUAGGUAUGGCGAGGCGCAUUACGAUACACUCACAAGUGGCAACAUUGGAAAGACCGUUGGCAGGUCACCCAAGGGCACUGGCAUGGUUGGAGCAACACUAUAUGGUGUAUUCUCUGGCGUGUCCAAGGUCGUCAGCGAUUCAAUAUGA